AUGGUAACCGCCCCACCGUUCAUCUACGUUUAUUAUCUAAUCUAUUUCUUUCCUUCUUCGUUUCUCAUCAGGAGGAUAUUCAUAUUUCUGCUACCGAUGGUGUCACCUACCACCGUUGGCCUCGAGUGCUUAUCUCUCCUUUUGCGACCUCCUUGCACCUCCUCAGUUCCACUGGCCCGAUUGUGGACUUUUCAUACGUUGUUUUCCUCGCCUCUUCUGAUAGAAGGUCACAUCGAAAGUCACAUGAAGAUGGCAUCGACAACUGCUUCGGUUCCCAUUUCCCUCUCAUCUUCUUCUCUAUUCGAUUAUGGUUCUACAGAUUUCAUUCAACUGACCGGUUUUGUUCCAAUCGAUUAG